AGGAAAAACAAAAUCCUAAAAUCUUUUUUCGGUUUCAGUCUACUAUUUGCUUCUUCAGCGAAUUCUGCUGUUACAUGCCAAAUACCAGCAAAACCAUCUCUCUCUCUCUCUCUCUCUCUGUUAACCAAUUCCUUCCUUGUUCUCUACUCUCUUUCUUCAUAUUUCCUCUUUGUUUUCAACGACAACACGGGUCCAUUAUUCAUUGGAAUAUUCUAUAAUUCUCCCUAUACUUUCUCUCUCUAGAUCUUCCCACGUUGAUUCCGUUUCCGCUGCACUAACCGAUAUGCAAGGAAUUGACAGAAAAUAGUGGCUGUUUUUAGAUGAUAACAACUGCUUGCAGCUUGUGAAGGCUGCAUUUAAGCAUGUUGAUAAGUUUUCAGUUCCUUUUCAAUUACUCUUUCAAUGAGACGUGGAUUUUUUACAAUAUACUGUAUCAUAUGCCACAUAUAAAGCCUGAUGUAUGUCAACAACAACAUGAAGAGCACUGUUUUUACAUUGUAGAAACCUCUAUCAAGAGGUGAGAAGUCCGUUGAGCAAGAGUUGGUCUGUCACUCAUUUGUAAAUAUAAAGAUGGAAAAAUAUAGAAUAUUGAAGGAGCUUGGAGAUGGAACCUGCGGAAAUGUAUAUAAGGCUCUUAAUAUGGAAACAUAUGAGAUUGUUGCGGUCAAGAAAAUGAAGAGGAAGUUCUAUUUUUGGGAAGAAUGCAUUAAUCUACGUGAAGUAAAAUCCCUUCGGAAAUUGAAUCAUCCUAACAUAAUCAAGCUGAAGGAGAUUGUGAUGGAAAACAAUGAGCUUUUCUUCAUAUUUGAAUACAUGGAAUGUAAUCUUUACCAAUCAAUGAAAGAACGACAAAGACCCUUCUUAGAGGAGGAGAUCCGGGGAUUUAUGUUGCAGGUGCUGCAAGGACUUGCUCACAUGCAUAAAAAUGGUUAUUUCCAUCGGGACUUGAAACCUGAGAAUUUAUUGGUGACAAAUGACAUAAUUAAAAUUGCUGACAUGGGAUUGGCUAGAGAACUGUCAUCAAUGCCACCUUUCACUGAUUAUGUUUCAACUCGUUGGUAUCGAGCACCAGAGAUCUUGUUGCAAUCUUCUUCAUACACACCUGCCAUUGAUAUGUGGGCAGUUGGUGCAAUACUUGCUGAACUUUUCACUUUGUGCCCAAUUUUCCCUGGUGAAAGUGAAGCUGAUCAAUUGUAUAAGAUAUGCUACAUUCUUGGACCACCAGAUUGGACUAUCUUCCCAGAAGUGAGAGGUGCUUCACGAUUGGUUGAUAUAAGUAAUUUAAACGUUUCACCAGUCAAUCUGUCUGAUGUCAUUCCAAAUGCAAGUUUGGAAGCUAUUGAUUUGAUCAAGCAACUCUGUUCAUGGGACCCUUUAAGGAGGCCAACUGCUGAACAAUGCUUGCAGCACCCUUUUUUCCAUGUUGGUAAGUGGAUACUUGAGCCGCUAGAGGAUCCGCUGCAGCUUAAGUUAAGCAAUGGUGGACCUAAGCCAAAUCUUGAGUUGAACCUCUGGGACUUUGGGAGACAAAAAGAUGACUAUUUUCUUGGUUUAACUUUGGCAAUUAACCCAAGUCCUCCUAGUUUGGAUUUAUUUCCUGUGGAAAUGACAAGUAGAAGUCGAGGCACAGGAACGGAUAUGUUCUGUUCUGAUUUUCAGGGUCACUCACAGCAAUCAGUUUUUUGGUCAUUGCUUCCUCCUGAUCACCAUCAUACCUCUGUGCCAGUGGAGUCCUCAUUCAGGUUGAGAAGAUGGGUGAUGGUUACAUGGUGUUUUUGUACUUCUGUGUGCGAGUUGUUUGAUAGUGAUGGGGCUGCUCGUUUUUUGACUUAAAAGAGCUUAUGUACAUGGCUGUUUUGAGUAUUAGAGUGAAGUUUGGUAAAGCUCAUAUGGUGGAAGACAAAUGGAGAAGAUGAGCUUGUGGCAAAGUGAAGAUGGUGAGGCGAGAGAAAAAAAAGGUAAUGUGAAAUCCAUCUUUCAGAACAAGAAAAGAUCAAACAUGGUGAUGGUGGCUAUGGCUUGAUUGGAGAUGAAGAAGACGGGGUCCACAUGAAAAAAAUUAAAGUAAAAAUAUAAUUUUAUGCAUUUUCACAUGCUCAAAUAUGAGCGAGACACUCAUUUUUUCAUGUCACCUCGGAGUAUUUACGAGACAUACUAAAACUAAUAUAAAGUGUCUAUAUGGUCACAUGGUAUGUUGAAGCA